AUGGGGUUACUGAAGGAGAGCAAAAUUCUAACAUGGGAAGAAACAUCUGCACAUUCAUCAGAAAUAAAAAGAAAUGGAAUAAGUCAUUUUAUUCAAGUAUACAAAAAACAAGUUGCUCCCAAGGCAAAAGAGUUUCUUUGGGGUGAAGAGCUAGAGCAGCACCUUAUAGUCAAGGUAAAUGGGAACUGGAUUCUUCUGCUAGGUUCAGAACACCUUUUAGAUAGCAGCACAUGCACAAAUACCAUACUUCAUCCUGAGUAUGCAGGAUACAUGCUAGAAAGCACACCUGAGUUGCCCUAUGCUCCAAACUUUAAAGAGCUUGCAACACUUGAGCAGACCAUAGAAGGUCGAAGGCUCACCAUUCUGCAAACGCUUCAAAGCAAAUUUGGAAAAGAUGCGUCAAUUUUAUUUCUUCCAUGCUUCCCUCUGCUUGGAACACCUCUGGCCUUUGGAACAGGAGGAAUGAAUGAGCACGCAUGGAUUUCUAAAUGGAAGGAUGCAUUCAAGAAUAUGCAGCCUAUAUGCGAAACAUCUUCUCCUAUAGAGAGCAACAUUGAAGGCACAUUGCUUGAGCAGACGCUAAAUAAGGCAACCACCCCAUCCUUUGACAUAACACGCAGUGAGCAUUAUCCAGACUUUGCGAUAACUCAACAUAAGCGAUUCUUUGGAUUUAGUCGCAACAUUAUAAAAAGGAAAAGAUCCCCUAUAUACAAAGAGUUUCCCUUGGCGUGCAUUGAAAGCACUGCUAAUCAUGCAGCACAAGACACUAGAAGCAGUGAUCCCGCCGAUUCAGUUGUAAUUGAUAGUAUGGGCCAGGGCAUGGGAUGCGGAUGCUUGCAAAUUACCAUGCAAAGUGAAUCGCUUGAGGAGGCAAGAAGGCUGUAUGAUAACAUCGGUGCGAUAUGCCCAUUGCUCCUCUUUCUUACCGCAGGCACCUCUAUUGUUUCAGGAAAGCUUAUUAAAAGCUCAUCAAGGUGGGAUAUCAUAAGCGCAUCUGUUGACUGCCGGCAAGACUCAGAGACAGAAAUCAAAAAAAGUAGAUACUCAUCAAUUGAUCUAUACACAGCAGAAAUGCCUGAGGACUUAGAGAAGGUGUACAAUGACAUCUCUCCUCCUCUGGAAAAAACAGCUCUGGCGACUCUUCUACAGGAGGGAGUGGAUAGCGCGAUGGCAAAACACAUAGCGUCUCUCUAUAUAAGAGACCCUGUUCUCUGCUAUGAAGACUCGACAGAAAUGGAUGACUUUGAAAACAUACAGAGCAGCAACUGGAGAAGCAUGCGGCUGAAGCUUCCCAAGCUAUCAAGCAAUAGUCAAACCGGCUGGAUGGUAGAGACCCGCCCUAUGGAAAUCCAGCCUACUUCUUUUGAGAAUGCAGCCUACUCUGUACUGGUUGUUCUGUUCUCAAGGAUGAUGCUUUCACUGAAUGCAAACUUUUAUCUUCCAAUUUCCAAGGUGGAUGAAAACUUUGUGGCUGCCAACCAGCCAGGAUCGAUUUUAAGAUGCCUGCAAGACUACAUAGAUGCAGAAACCACCCAAACAUUCUGGUACAGAGAAAACAUAUUCUCCACCGGAAUGCCUGUGGUUAAAAAAGGCACUAUAAAAGAGAUCUUCCUGGGCACAGAAGGAUACAUCGGAAUACUUGGCGCAAUAAAGAAGUAUCUUAAUGAGUAUUCGCCUUCUAUCACCAGCUCUAUUGCGCAAUACCUUCAGUUUAUUGAAGACAGAGUGCAAGGAAAAAAAACAAGCGUAGCUACAUACAUGCGAAGGUUUGUAUCUGCACACCCUGCGUACAAGGGGGAUUCUACUAUAUCGCAAGAAAUAUCAAACAACCUUAUUGAUAAGAUUCUUGACAUAACCAAGGCAAACAGCGCAGAAUAUUUAGCCAUAUAA